GGCGCUGGCGGCUCCCUCCCCGGAGCUGCCGAGCGGCGGGGCGGGCGCACGGCCGGGGGCCGGGCCCCGCGGGCCGCCAGGUGCCCCUCAGCGGGGCGGCCCGAGCGCUGGCGCCUCUGCCGGGGGCGGCCGGCCCUGCCGCUCCCCGAGCAGCGCCUCCUCCGCCCGGCAGCCAGGCGGGCGGAGAGCGAGGGGCUCGCCGCCGCUCCGGAGCUGUCCCAGCCCAGCCGGCCACCCACCCCGGUCGGCCGUGCAGCGCGGCGGUGGGGCGCGAACCGCCGGCAAUGGAGCUCUCCCUGCGGCUGCUCCUGGCGUCCUGCCUCUCCCUGGGGGCGGCCGGGGAGUUUGACAGAAGGUGGCCCAGACAAAUAGUCUCCUCCACAGGACUAUGUCGGUUUGGAAGUAGAAUUGACUGCUGCUGGGGCUGGGCCCGAUUGUCCUGGGGACAGUGCCAACCUUUCUACGUCUUAAGGCAGAGAAUAGCCAGCCUAAGGUGCCAGCCCAAAGCUGUAUGCCAGCCGGGAUGCAAACAUGGCGAAUGCGUUGGGCCGAACAAGUGUAAGUGCCACCCGGGAUACACUGGAAAAACCUGCAACCAAGAUCUAAAUGAGUGUGGACUGAAGCCGCGGCCGUGCAAACACCGGUGUAUGAAUACCUACGGCAGCUACAAGUGCUACUGUUUGAAUGGCUACAUGCUUAUGCCAGAUGGAACGUGUUCGAAUGCCCUUUCUUGCUUGAUGGCAAACUGUCAGUAUGGCUGUGAUGUACUGAAAGGGGAAGUACGCUGCCGCUGUCCUUCUCCAGGGCUGCAGCUAGGGCCUGACGGCAGGACUUGCAUAGAUAUUGAUGAAUGUGCUACUGGGAGAGUUAUCUGUCCACGAUUUAGGCACUGCAUCAAUACUUUUGGAAGCUACAUUUGCAGGUGUCAUAAAGGCUUUGAUCUAAUUUACAUCGGAGGCAAAUACCAAUGUCAUGAUAUAGAUGAAUGUUCCCUUGGCCACCAUCGGUGUGGUAGUUUUUCACGAUGUUACAAUACACCAGGAUCCUACAAAUGCAAGUGUAAGGAAGGGUACAGAGACAACGGAACAAACUGCAUACUUAUUCCUAAUGUUAUGAUUGAACCACCUGGUCCAUAUCAUAUAUUCAAGGGCAACAGCACACUCCCUAAGGGAGGCAGUGGUAUAACCAAUAGGAUUCCUGAUGUUGGAGGCACAAGGCAACCCCUCAGACCACCAUAUGUACCUGCUAUUGUUACAGAAAGGCCGGUGACCAGGCCAACAGCUCGACCUACACCUGGGCGAACAGCUCAGCCUACACCCAGGCCAACAGCUCGACCUACUCCCAGGACAACAACUCGACUGACACCAAAGCCAACCACUAGGUAUGUGCCGGUGACAACAAGGCCAGUAAAGAAGCCAGUGACAAGGCCUCCACCUCCAACACCACCUCAGCCUACAACAUUAAGACCUACACUACCACCACAAAGAACUCCUCUGACAACUGAAGAGCCUUCACGUGUUCAUAUUGAAACUACGCUUUCCCAAGGAAUUACAGAUGAUAACAGGAUCCAGAUAGAUCCUCAGAAACCCCGAGGAGAUGUGUUCAUUCCACGCCAGCCCGGAGUGAGCAAUAAUCUGUUUGAAAUACUUGAAAUUGAAAGAGGGAUUACUGCUGAUGAAUUUGAAGCAAACGAUGACCCAGGUGUGCUGGUACACAGCUGUGAUUUUGAUAGUGGACUGUGUGGAUGGAUCAAGGACAAAGACGAUGACUUGCACUGGGAGCCAGUGAGAGAUGAGUCAGGGGGGCAGUAUCUUACCAUCUCUGACCCCAAAGGCAAAGAAGGAAGAGUAGCGCAUCUUAUCCUGCCGUUGGGUCACAUGGCGCAGGCCGGCGACUUGUGCCUGUCGUUUAGGCAUAAGGUGCCUGGACUGCACUCUGGUGCCCUCCAAGUCUUUGUAAGGAAGAACGGUGCUCACGGACCAGCCGUUUGGGGAAGAAAUGGUGGCCAUGGCUGGAGACAGACACACAUAACUUUACGAGGACUAGGCAUCAAGAGUGUUAUCUUCAAAGGGGAGAAAGGGAAAGGAAGAACUGGGGAUAUUGGACUAGAUGACGUGAUCCUGAGGAGAGGACACUGCGCUGAAGAGCAUUAGCAAAGACACUGGACCAGCACAGUCACCUCCUCUAGCCCUUCUCGUGCUAUUCCUACCAAGCUUUGAAACAGAACUGCAUGAAAAAGAAGAAAAAGUUGGAGAGUGACAACCUCUUAGUGGUCUGCUAAGUGCAAUCUCACUGAAACCUCACUUAAAAACAUGGAGAGCACCUCCCAGGAUUCAGGAACUCCAAUCCCAUGCUGGUUCUCUCUUAAUCCUUACCCCUAAAUCAUAUUUUGUAUGUAAUAGCUUUAUCCCCCCGCUAAGCCUGGUGAGUGCUCACACAAAAAGCACGUGUGAAAAAGGGAGAAUUAAUUACAAAUGGUGGUAAAGGAAAGCUCCAGCUCAGAAAGUUUUAGCGUUAACUGAUAUUUGUUAUCUUUCCGUAGUGCUACUCUUUCCUUGAUUAGAUUUGAUAGACAGUGGGAUUGAUCUAGCUUCAGAGUCACCUCAGAUUAGCGGAAUCCUGGACCUGAACUAUGGCUUACUGCCACUGACCUUUGAAGAAGGGUUUGCUUCGUAUUUAAUAGCAUUUAUUUUGGUGUGGCAUCUAUAUUAACAAAAAGCAGUUAUAUAGAGUAGGCACUGCAUCCUGUAAUAUCGCUACUGCUGUGUUUUGUGUAUAUGUGUAUGGUUAGUAACAUAUUUAUGUUUUUAAUACUUACAGACUCUAGUUGCAAGGUAGUUGGCAGCUGUGCUUUCUUAUUAUUGUACAAGACAGGAGUUCAGCAUACUCUUUGAUCCGCUGGUCAUGCCAAUAGAUACGUUACUGAAGUCAACUAAUGGUGCUCAUUGAAAAACGCUGCUGCAGUUUUUCAUGUUGUAAUAUGUUGAAGGCAAAAGACCAAACACUUGCCUGAUGUAAACUGGCAUCUAAUAAUGUUGUACGAGUUUGAAUUUAGCUCAGGAGUAAGCCCUAAAGGGCACUCAAUCCAGCAAGAAACUCCUGGUUCCGUUGAAGACUGAGCAGCCUGGGGAAGAUAAUUUGCAUCUUGUAAGACUGAGCCCACUGACGCUGCCAGGACCGGUCCCUUCCCACAGGUGGUACAGCCCUACGCGUAAGCACGAAGGGCAGCUGCAUUAAUGCUGCGGCGACAAGUCACACCGUGAAAUGCCUUGAGUGAUCUUUGACAAAUGUCCAUGUUCCAUCCGACCCUUCUGUAUAUAAUAAACAUUUUAUUCUUUAGAACUAGAACAGCCAUUAGCUCUAGCUGGAACGAAAUAUUUAUCAGAACUUUGGGCUGAUUUUUUUACUUACAUAUCAUGCAUGUGGUGUGCAGUUUCCCAGGGAAUUCUUCUGUUUGGUUUGGGGUUUUUUUAAAUGAGGAGCAUCAUCAUCGCUGCUAACAAUUCUACAUUUGACAAAGUAAUUGUACCAGUUAAGAAAAUGACAAAAGAUUGAUAAAAAGUUGUUAGUGGCGUGGCCUUAAAGCUUCGAAAAUGUAUAUAUAGAAGAAAUAGGUCUCAGAUCUUUUAAAUAUCUAAAUACAAUGUAAAAUAAAUGUUGGCUUCAUAUCGUGUUACAAAGCCAUCACGAAAAAAAAAUUCCUGUGAAGCCUUGCACAAAGUCCCCAGAGACAAAACUACAGACCAUUAGAGGUCAGAUGCCAACCGCCUCUUUCUGUCAAAGUGCUGUUUUGAAAAUAUUUCUCCGGUUUGUCCCCGAGGAGAAAGCGCGGUAUGCGUAACAGACGUUCAUUUGGCCAGAGAGUCUCCUGCAAAACUGAAUCAAGAAACGUUUUGAAAAGGAAAAACCAACACAUUUGUAAAGAUUUUUAAACUGUUUUGCUUCAAAUAUGAUCAUGAUUUUUCUCUUACGUUACUUUGUAAUAUGUCAGAAAUAUUUGUGAAUAGUUGAAAUACAUUGUCCUUAUUUUAAAGUAAUCAGUAAAGGCAGGCAUUACUUGCUA